AUGGAAUCCACUGCAAGUACCGCGCCACCGCCAUACAGAACGAAGAAAAUGCCUUGGGUCACACCCACCAUGUUCCUAGUUGGCCUCAUUCCCAUAUUCACUUUUGCUCUCGGGACUUGGCAAGUACAGCGGCUGAAAUGGAAGGUAGCGCUCAUCGAUGAAUUGGAGGAGAAGCUGCAAAGAGAACCCAUGCCUCUCCCGAAGCGAGUCAAUAUGGCGGCGGUCCCAGAGUUCUCUUUCCGUAAAGUCAAGCUUAAAGGCCAUUGGGAUGCUGAACAUGCCAUGCUGUUGGGACCCCGCGUCUGGGACGGCACCAUAGGGUACCACUUAGUUGUGCCCUUGAUACGAUCGGACGGAUCGACUGUACUAGUCGACAGAGGUUUCGUUUCCAAAGAACUCGCAGAUCGAGCUAAAAGCCACAUCGAAACGAAUGAGGUACAGAUCCUGGGUAUGCUACGGACGUCACACGUCCGCAAUAAUUUCACACCCGACAAUCACCCCGAGAAAGGGGAAUGGUAUUGGGCGGAUGUUCCGGCGAUGGCAGAAUAUGCAGGCGGAGAGCAGGCCGGCGUCCAGCCUGUAUAUGUUGAAGAGAUAUUUGGAGGGCAUGGUGGAGAAAUCACCUCGCGGUUGUCGCAUGGUAUCCCUUUCGGUCGAACACCGACCGUCGAUGUCAGGAAUUCCCAUGCCUCCUACAUCGUUACAUGGUAUUCGCUAUCGGCAUUCACAACCGUGAUGUUCAUUCGUUUGCUGCUGAAGCAGCGGCAAGCGCGCGUGCGACUACCUCGUUGA